CGCGUGGGGGCGCAGUCGACCGGUGGCCGCCGCCGCGAGCGCAUCGUGUUGUUAAAAACUCGUUUGACAGCUUGACAGUUCGGGGAUAUUUGAAUUGCUAAGUGAUGUAUUAACAUUCAACGAUUUGAGGACUAUAACCGAGAACGUUUUUGAAGGUGUUUUUUAAAGACUUUUUUGUAAUAAAAAUGGCGUUUGAAGACCGUUGCAGUCCGAACCAGGCCAACAGCCCCGGUCCGGUCACCGGCAGAGUCCCUGCGCCUCACUCCGAAGUAAGAAACGUGUACCAAAGUCAAUACACUUGCACGACUAUCGAUCAAAGGUUUGACAGAACGAUGACAGUGGUGAAAGUGCAGCCGAAUUCACCACCGAUGAGUCCAGAACACAGCCAAAACGACAUGGACUACCAAAACUAUUUCAGACCCGAAACCCCUGACGUGAAGCCCAUAAUCCCUGAGUUUGAAGACAAGAGAAACCGACAACCACCACCAACCAUACCCUUCUCUAUCAGCAACAUAUUACACCCAGAAUUCGGUUUGACAGCGAUUCGAAAAACGAACAAAAUCGAAGGACCAAAACACGUCGGCCCCAACCACAGCAUUUUGUACAAACCUUAUUUGUCGAAUGAGUUAUCGAGUUCGAAAUUCAAUUUCGAUUAUUUAAAAUCUAAGGAUGAUUUCGGUGCAUUACCUCCACUUGGCGGCUUGAGGCAGACUGUGUCGAAUAUUGGAGAACAGAAGGAGGCACCAAAGAUUAUAGAGCAGCAGAAGAGGCCAGAUUCAGCCAGCUCUAUUGUCUCUUCCACAUCUAGCGGGGCUUUAUCGACGUGUGGCAGCACUGACGCCAACAGCAGUCAAAGCGGGAACAGCAAUCUAUGGCCUGCAUGGGUGUAUUGUACGAGAUACAGCGAUAGGCCUAGUUCUGGUCCAAGAAGUAGAAGAGUUAAGAAUAAGUCGGUCCCAGAAGAGAAGAGACCCAGAACAGCGUUCAGUGCGGCGCAACUUGCUCGACUAAAGCACGAGUUCGCAGAAAAUCGCUACCUCACAGAGAGAAGGCGUCAGACCCUCGCAGCUGAGCUGGGGCUGGCGGAAGCGCAGAUUAAGAUCUGGUUCCAGAACAAGCGCGCCAAGAUCAAGAAAGCAUCAGGUCAGAGGAACCCGCUGGCGCUGCAGCUGAUGGCGCAAGGGUUGUACAACCACAGCACUGCCAACGAGAGUGAUGAUGAAGAGGAGAUUAAUGUCACGUAGGGUUGUGCCCAGUGACAGCCCAGUGGAUAUGACCUCUGCCUCCGAUUCCGGAGGGUGUGGGUUCAAAUCCAGUCCAGAACAUGCACUUCCAACUUUUCAAUUGUGUGCAUUUUAAGAAAUUAAAUAUCACGUGUCUCAAACGGUGAAGGAAAACAUCGUGAGGAAACCUGCAUACCUGAGAAAUUUCUCAAUUCUCUGCGUGUGUAAAGUCUGCCAAUCCGCAUUGGGCCAGCGUGGUGGACUAUUGGCCUAACCCCUCUCAUUCUGAGAGGAGACUAGAGCUCAGCAGUGAGCCGAAUAUGGGUUGAUAAUGAUGAGGGUUGUGCCCACCUACCCGGUCUAGAAUGACUUGACACGUGUAAGCGUCAUGUAGAAAUGUAUUACGUACGUAAAUGGUGGCCCUGGGUCUUACUUGUAAUCUAGAAUUGGGUAGUUGACUCAAAUCAAAUUUAAUAUAAAAAAAUAUUAAUUUCAUGGAAUAAGGGUCCGAAAUAUAUCGAUAUUAAUUAAUAGAAGUCAAUGUUUUUAUAGAAAACUUAAUUUAGUUUUUAAUUGUUCUAAACGUCAAAAAUGCUGUAGUCCAUUUUGUGACGUCACGAUGUUACAAUUGAUGUCACUAAAGCAAUUAACGUCGAAUUAAUUGAUAACUGGUAUUGUCAUAAAAAUAUUUAUUCUUUAUGUUUUCAUGUCUCAAAAGAAUAUGAUUUUUAUUUAUCUAGUAGAACCAAUGAUUAUUUUAUAUCAUUGAGUAGUUAAGAUCCUUUAAAAAAAUGUGUCAACUACCCUAUUGCACUGAUCUACCUGUCUUAGAAUUUUAAUAAUUCUAAAUAAAUUAGAAUAAAUUUCACUCUUACCGCCUAGCUGCGUAUGAUGUGUUAGCUCUCAAUUGUUACUUAAAGUUGUACUCGACUACCCGCAUUUAAAUACAUAAAUAAAUAUAAAUAAUUGAAAUGAAAUUGUACCUACCUGAAAAAGUGUGGUGGUAUCGUACGUAAUUUAUAAUGAAGAUUACAGGAGAUUUUGAAUUAAAUUUCCUUUGAAACGAAAUCCAUCAUUUUAAUAAAAUGCGGGUAGUUCAAUAAAUAAAAAAUGACACAUCAUGGUAAAAUAUUUCUAAGCACAAAAUAGUUCCUGUACUUUAAAUAAUAUUAUAUUAAUAAAUAACUCUUUGUUAUCAGUAAGCCCUCAUUCGCACGAGAGUUUUUUUAACGGACGUUAGUAAAACGUUCAAAUACAACAAAUGCAUUCCCAAGUGUAUUUAAAACACGACGCUUUUUUUCGAGCAGUGUUACAUUUUCCAUUUUGGGCGUUAGAAAUAGACUUCGUUUAACAUCAUACUAUAAAGCUUUUUUAUCGUCCGUUAAAAAACUCUCGUGCGAAUGAGAGCUUAGCGUCAAAUGAGAUACCUUGUGACGAAUCGUCCAAUAGCGUCAGAGUUGAAAAUAGAUAGAUAAUUGAAAUAUAGCUUUCUCUUUUCUCCCAAAGCAACAUAAGAGAUAGCGAUAUUUUUGAUGUUGUUCAUUAAUUGUUUAUCUCUCAUCUCUAGUUACUCGUUUAUAUUGGUGCGCGUUUAAGUAUGCCUUUUAAACCCAAAAAGAAAAAAACAAUUCGAAAAUAAAUAUUUAUAAGUUUACCUAGAAUCUCAUUAGUGUUAGGUCAGAGUUCGAGUCCCGUUUCAAGCCACCAAAAAAACACCAAACAACCCUAACAUUUGAUAAUGUAACGGAUUCAUUGAUAAUAGACCUAAACCCGUCGAGCUGAAUUGGAACGACACGGUGUGUUUGAACUCUACAUACACUCGCCAAAAGGAUUUAAAGAGUGUAUCUGUAAACAUAGAUUAUAUUUAGAAUAGAACUAGAAGAUGCGAUGAAAAUAACCAAGCAAAUAUGUAAAUAUAAUAAAUAUACAUACCUAGUAAGAUAGAUAUCUAUUUAAAAUUUUGUUUCUGAGGCUUAAUUCAUUAACUUAGAUUACUACUACAAAGGAGAUAGUCCAAAAUUGUAUACUUUAAUUCUUUCGAAAUUAUAUUAAUUCUCUCCCAACAAAAUAUGCAACACCUAUGCUAACCACUCAUCAUUGGAUGGUAAAUGGCUAUAGCUUGGCAAGUUUGGUGAUGACACUCCCAUGAUAUGCGGGCGACGGGGGGAAAGGCUGCGCGGGGGUGAAGUCGAAUUUGCCAAGCUGUAGCAUUAGAUUUUGCAAAAUGGCGAAUGUGUGACUGUCAUACAAUAUUGUUCUAAAAAUUCUAUAGCUUUGCUGAACAUCGCAUGAAAAUCUGUUUAGUAUUUACGAAGUUGACCGUGAACACAGUCUGACAAGCAUAUCGUUCUGUUACUAUUUUUAAUUACCUACAAUGUUAAAUUUAUAGAUUUAGAACCAACUAAAACAGUAUUGUUAUGUAAGAUAUUCACUAAAAUGUGUAAAUAUUGUAAAUAAUGUCAUAAUCUUAUAUUGAUAAUGUUUUAAAAAGUCAUAUUUAUAAUUUAGUUACUAUGUUAAUCAUUAAUUAGUUAUACUAAAUAUUAUUAGCUAUUAUGUUUUAUUUAGUCGCCUAUUUUCUUCCACUUUUAUUGUAAUUUGUAAAUAGUUAAACCCUGAUUGUUAAGAUAUUUCCUAAACAAAUUCCAAACAUAAAACCUCUUGUGGAUUGUUUUUCAACGGUUUCUAAACCAAUUUCAAAUUCUUUUUAUAAACAUAAACGAUUUUACACAAAGGUUUUGUAUGGUAUCGUUUAUGUCUACCUCUCCAAAAUGUUAAAAUACCUAAAAACCUUCUUCAGAAAAGGUGGUCAACUAAUGUCUUUUCAGCUUCCUAGCAGCAUUCUGUGGUUCCAAUGAGUCCUGAAACAUAAACUAACAUAAAUUGGAUGUGCUUACAUUAUUUGGACAAAUCUGAACAGUCGGGGUCUAUAAUAUUUUAACUGUAUGUUAACUAGACUGCGUUAGACUAAGUUAAAAGAUUAAUAAAUUAUAUCACUGGUUUUGAAAAUUUA